CCUUGGGCUUUGGGCUGAUGGGCCGCCACUGCUAUUGGGCUUGUUUAGUACGUACCCCAUCAAUUAUACUGUGUUUUCAUUUUUGUAUUUUUUGUGAACUAUGGUGAAUGUUUGUUAUAUGUGUGUUACUAAGGUUUCUUUUAGUCAUUAUCUAAUACAUUCGGUCGCCCUUUUGCCUGACUUGGUAAAAGCACCAAAAAUAUCAUUCAUUUGCUGAUGGGCAGAAAUUAUGUGGUUUUCGGUUUAAUGAUUCCUUAAGUUGAUUAGCUAAGACUCUCAUGUCAUAAUGUAAAGCAUAAAACAAGUUUCUGAAGUUUUUAAUAAAUUCCAGCAUUGGCAUAUUUGGUUGAGGUAAUAUAUUCCAGCAUUGGCAUAUUUGGUUGAGGUAAUAUAUUCCUGAUAAUACUAUGUAGAUGCUGUAACGAGCUACGUUAUUGAUAGCAAAGACUGAUAUGCUUAUUUGCGGACAAUACAUAAUAAUUAUUGUGUCUUCCUAGUUAAUGUAUUAUGGGUUGAGUUUCUAUCUGGUAGACAUCGUUGGCAAGAAGAACUUUCUGUUGGUUCUUGUUUUAAUUUAUUAAUUUGGAAAGUACUAAUAUACUGCAACUACUAGACAAUCUCUCUCAGUAAAGUAAUUUAUAGUAGUUAUGUUUUUUUCAUCGAAUCCUUUCCUGGAUCAAGUUCAUCUUUAAUAGUUCAACUUAUACUGGUAGAAUAUUGGAGAAGACACUGCUAUCAGUAUCGAUGUCAUUUGAUUUCUUACUUGCCCCUGCUUUACACUAUUGGGAGGGCUCAGCUCGAGGGUUUGGUGUACGUGUGAGCCAAUCUGUUAAAGGAUCAGAUUCAUGGGUUGAUGAUCCAAUUGCUCGUCAUGUAAUAAGCUUGUACAUUAACAAAGAAGAAGGGGAGAAUAAUCUCCUGUGGCCUCUGGUCCUACAUAUUAAGGGACCAUAUUCUAUUCUUAUAUUGCCUUUGGUAGAACCUCGUCAUUUGAAGUCCUACUCAAGGAUGUGUAAUACAUCAGAAUGUGGAAAUGCUAUUGGGGCUGAUGAGAGUUUGUCUUCACUCCUCUUGGAUCUUCCAUCCAUCACAGGGGCGUUUGCUGUGGCACAAACAAUCGGGGACAUCGUAGUUGGUGAAACAACGGAGCCAGAAGUAGUUGUUGCUGCAUCUCCCUCAGUUGGUGGACUGCUCGAUACCCUCACUGGUAGCAUAGGAAUUUCCAGUAUUUCUGUAAGAGCAAAACCUGUAGCUUUACCUGUUGCAACUUCCACUAUAUCUGGGACCGCCGUGACCGGAACUGCUAUGUCUGAUGAUCCGAAGAUGGGAUCCAGGCCUUUGGAUAAGGAUGUCCUUAGGUCUUUCAUCAGCAGUGCAAUGCCCUUUGGUACUCCUCUCGAUCUUAGCUACUCCAAUAUUUCUGCCAUCAAGACCACAGGAUUUUCUUCAGCAGACGUGCCUCCUGCUGAUCGAAAGCAACCAGCAUGGAAGCCUUAUCUUUACAGGGGGAAGCAGCGGAUUCUAUUCACUAUUCAUGACACGGUCCAUGCUGCAAUGUAUGAUAGAGAUGAGAUCCCAGACAGCAUAACCAUUUCUGGUCAGGUGAACUGCAGAGCAGAGUUGGAGGGACUUCCUGAUGUUUCUUUACCAUUGACCUGGUUGGCUAGUGCCCGAGUUGAGUCGUUAACCUUCCAUCCUUGUGCUCAAGUUCCAGAGCAUGGUGGUGAUAAACAGGCUAUUACAUUUUCACCACCAUUGGGUAAUUUUGUCCUGUUGCAUUAUCAGGCACUUUGUUCUGUUGGACCUCCCAUUAAAGGGUUUUAUCAGCUAUCAAUGGUCUCAGAAAAUGAAGGGGCAUUUCUCUUUAGGUUAAGCAUCAUGGAAGGUUACAAAUCUCCUUUAACAAUAGAGUUCUGUACAGUAACAAUGCCUUUUCCAAGGAGAAGGGUUGUUUCUUUUGAUGGGACACCUUCAAUUGGAACAGUAUCAAAUACCGAGCACUCAGUGGACUGGAGGAUAUUAACAAACACUCGAAUUGCUUCUGGGAAAAGCAUCGAGGCAACCUUUUCCGGGACAGUUAGAUUUGCGCCGUGGCAAGCACAAAAAAUGCCUUCAUCUGGAUCAGUGCUGAUGGGUGUUGAAGACAGCGAUCUUGAAUCUGAAUCUAGUGGCAGCAUGGUAAAUGUUGAGGAUUACAUAAUGGAGAAAAUGAUUAAGGAUCUUCCAGCAGCUGAUCUAGAGGAUCCUUUUAACCGCCAGGCAUACAAUUAUGCGACAGUUUCUUUCAAGAUGAUAGGGCCUUCAUUCUCAGGAAUCUCUAUUGAUCCCAAAUCUGUAAGCAUAUUUCCAGCAGUUAAGGCACCUAUUGAAGUUUCAGCUCAGGUUACUUCUGGGGAUUAUAUUUUGUGGAAUACUUUAGGAAAAUGUCCAGUUGCAGCCACACCACAAGCUUAGACAAUCAACACAGGAGAGGCUGAAUAUAUGCUGAAACUAAAUCUGCAAAAAAAAAAAAAAAAAGAUUCAUGUAUCUCUUGGUCUGCUCAUUUGCCUGUGGUCUUGAAAAAUUUGUGUCAUCAAAUUAACUGUUCAUGCGCAAGUGCUGUGGCAACCUGCAACAGCAUAUAGGACUGGAUAUGUUAGCAACUAAAUGUCAACCAGAUGAAUGAUUUAUAUAUUCUUCCCUAUGAUUUUGGUCCGAGAGAUCUGAAUUGAUUGCUUGGGAGUGUUGUAUGAAACAUUUUUCAAUAAUUUUGUUUGGUUGACAGCUUUA